UGCAAUAUGAUUUUUCCCUUACUUGCGUUUGGCUUAAACUGUUGACACCAAGCAUAGUUGGAGUCCGUUGUCCAAUCACAUCCCCAAUAAUUUGAUUUUCCUGAAAGAAUUAAAUGACCAACGGUGUUUGAAAUAUCGCUGCAGAACCAUCAGCAACCUUUCUCCUCUAACUCAUUUCCUUGGCGAUGGUUUUGGUACUGGUCAUUGGCGAUCUUCACAUUCCGAACCGGGUGCACGACUUGUCACCAAAGUUCAAAAAGUUAUUGGUUCCUGGAAAAAUACAGCAGGUCAUUUCCACUGGCAAUAUCUGCGACAAAGAAACCUUUGAUUAUAUUCGCUCCAUUUCUUCUGGCGAGGUGCACAUUGUAAAGGGAGAUUUUGAUACAAACCCAUCCUUCCCGCAAUCAAAGGUCAUCACGCAUGGACCCUUCCGCGUUGGCGUCAUUCAUGGACAUCAAAUCGUUCCUUGGGGAGAUAAGGAGGCUUUGAAUAUUACUGCUAGGCAAAUGGAGGUAGAUGUUCUUUUGUCAGGUCAUACCCAUCAGUUUGAUGCAUACGAGAGUGAAGGUAGAUACUUCAUCAACCCUGGUAGCGCAACUGGUGCAUAUUCAGGUCUUCCUGGCAGCGCUGAUGCUGUUCCUUCAUUCGUGUUGAUGGACAUUCAAGGCUCUACGCUCUUCAUAUACGUUUAUAGGCUCAUAGAUGACGAUGUCAAGGUCGAGAAGAUCGAGUACAGAAAGGAGAGUAGGAUGUUGUAAUAACAAUAAUAAUGGAUGGAUAUUCAACAGUUUAAUCUAAAGCAUGCUUUUAUGGUU